AUGCACAGGUCUGCGAGCUGGAACAGGUUUUCCGAUGACUAUUUCAAGCAUGCCACGAGUUCUGCAUCUUCAGGACACAGAUCAUCUUAUUCCAUGUUUGAUGGCAACCAUUUGCCAACUUAUGACCCCAUUGCAGACUUGGCUAAGAAGGAGAGGGCACGUGUGAAGUUUGCAGAAAAUGCAGUUCAUGUUAUCCCUUUUGUUCUAAUUGUUUGUGCCAUCAUUCUUUGGGUCUUCUCAAAUCCAGAUGUGGGAAUCAUAGGAGAUCCCAUUGGAGCAAGAAUUGAAGGAUUAAGUCUUGAAGGGGAAAUUGAGAGUGAUAGUGAUGGUACUCAAGUGGGUUUCUUACCUAUUGUCACUGCAGAAGAAACUUCCACCAAAAAAUUUGGUGCUGAAAAAGAUUCAAUAAAUCGAAAGAAAUUUUAG